GUGAAGCGGUGCCGGUGGCCGGGCAAACGGCGCCGGUAACGGCGUUAUGGAAACAUCGGGGCAUCUUCACGAUUCGGGUGUGGGGGACUUAGAGGAGGAGGGUCGGUGUCCCUGCCCGUUACCGGGGGAUGAACGGGCACCGCCGCCGCCCCCCGCCGGGCUGCCGCCGCUCCAGCACAGCCUGUUGCACUCCUCGCCCGGUUCGUUCCGGGCCCCUCCUCCUCCUCCCGCCGCCCCCGCCGCCCUCCACCCUUCCUCCCGCCACGGCAGCCAACUCAACCUCGGCGACCACCCGGUAACGGGCUCCGGACCGGGGAGCGGCAAACACCGGCAACCGAGUCCCUUGGUUCACCGGCGGGACAGCAACCCCUUCACCGAGAUCGCCAUGAGCUCCUGCAAGUACAGCGGGGGGGUGAUGAAGCCCCUCAGCCGCCUCAGCGCAUCCCGCCGCAACCUCAUCGAAGCCGAACCGGAGGCUCAACCUUUGCAGCUCUUUGGGGCCAGCGGACCCCCCGAGAUCGUCGUCUCGCGUGAGGACAACCACGCGCCCGCCGCUUGUCGCCCCGACCGCCCCCCCGCCCGCCCGCCCCCCGCCGCCUUCGCCAAGGGGCCCAAGCGCAAGGCACAGAACAUCGGGUACCGGCUGGGGCACCGCCGGGCGCUCUUCGAGAAGAGGAAGAGGCUCAGCGACUACGCGCUCAUCUUCGGCAUGUUCGGCAUCGUCGUCAUGGUCAUCGAGACCGAGCUCUCCUGGGGGCUCUACUCCAAGGACUCCAUGUUCUCCCUGGCCUUGAAAUGCCUCAUCAGCCUCUCCACUGUCAUCCUCCUGGGGCUCAUCGUCGCCUACCACACGCGGGAGGUGCAGCUCUUUGUGAUCGACAACGGAGCCGACGACUGGCGGAUAGCCAUGACGUACGAGCGGAUCCUCUACAUCAGCCUGGAGAUGCUGGUUUGUGCCAUCCACCCCAUCCCCGGGGAGUAUAAAUUUUUCUGGACAGCUCGCCUGGCUUUCUCCUACACGCCUUCCCGAGCGGAGGCGGACGUGGACAUCAUCCUGUCCAUCCCCAUGUUCCUGAGGCUCUACCUGAUCGCGCGGGUGAUGCUGCUGCACAGCAAACUCUUCACCGACGCCUCCUCCCGCAGCAUCGGGGCUCUCAACAAGAUCAACUUCAACACCCGCUUUGUCAUGAAGACCCUGAUGACCAUCUGCCCCGGGACGGUGCUCCUGGUCUUCAGCAUCUCCCUCUGGAUCAUCGCCGCCUGGACGGUCCGGGUGUGCGAGAGGUACCACGACCAGCAGGAUGUAACCAGCAACUUCUUGGGGGCCAUGUGGCUCAUCUCCAUCACCUUCCUCUCCAUCGGCUACGGGGACAUGGUCCCACACACCUACUGUGGGAAGGGUGUGUGCCUGCUCACUGGCAUCAUGGGUGCUGGCUGCACGGCGCUGGUGGUGGCCGUGGUGGCCAGGAAGCUGGAGCUGACCAAAGCUGAGAAACACGUCCACAACUUCAUGAUGGACACACAGCUGACCAAGAGGAUCAAGAACGCGGCAGCCAACGUCCUGCGGGAGACGUGGCUGAUCUACAAACACACCAAACUCCUGAAGAAAAUCGACCACGCCAAAGUCAGGAAGCACCAGAGGAAGUUCCUCCAAGCCAUUCACCAGUUGCGGAGCGUGAAGAUGGAGCAGAGGAAGCUGAGUGACCAAGCCAACACUCUGGUUGACCUCUCCAAGAUGCAGAACGUGAUGUACGACCUCAUCACGGAGCUCAACGACCGCAGCGAGGAUCUGGAGAAGCAGAUCGGGAGUUUGGAAUCCAAACUGGAGCAGCUCAGCGCCAGUUUCAGCUCCCUGCCCCUCCUCAUGGCCGAUCUGCUGCGCCAGCAGCACCAGCGCCUCCUCACCGCCGUCCUGGAGACCCGGGGGGUCGGGGUACCCGUGGCCACCCCCCAAACUCCUCUUUCCGAGAGCCCCAUCGGGGUCAGCUCCACCUCUUUCCCCACCCCUUACACCAGCUCCAGCAGCUGCUGGUGCCGCGGGGGGGGGGAAACCCACGCUCAAUCUCAGGUCUUCACAUUUGAAAAACAAACCAACAAGUCCGAAGCACUGAAGCGAUGGAGACACCACAGGGAGAGUUUUCUUCCUCCCCUACUCGGAGCUCGACGGGGACCUGGGAAAUUCCCUGGUGCCCCCCACCCCUUCCCACCCCUCUCACCGGCACCGGGUGGGUGCCAAGGUGGUGGCUUCUUACCCACGCCCCUCACCGGGACCCACGGGCCUUUCCCUGGGAUUGCUGGGUUGUCACUAGCCCAGGGAGGCUUCUUCAGAGCUGUGUUUUCUGCCCCAGGCAGAAGAAGAAGAAAAAGGGACAUUUCUCCUCGAUGGACUUUAGUGUCACACUCUGCCCAGAGACCUGGGCAAGCGCCGAGGGAUGUGGGGCUACCCAAACCCAGAUGGUGAUGGCCACCGAGGGGGCUGGCGGGCCAGCCCCAAGCACUGGGGCACUUUGGGGGGGUCCCCAGUUGCUCCCAUCACCGUACAUCCGUGAGCCACCCCAUAACUCCCCCCUCAUCCCCCCCUCAGCGUUUUGGGAACCCACUGGGAACCCACAGCAGAACUGUUCCCAUGGGCUCCGACCACCCCCACUGGCACUGGGGGCUCCCUGGGUGUUGAGCCAGGGGACUCUGGCAAGUGAGGUGGUGGUGGGGACAGGGACUUCAUCUGUUUAAAACAAUCCGUUGCCUUCGUGCUGCUUCUGCUGGGUUUGGUGGGGACCGGCAGCACCGCCCGGCACCGGCCCGGCAAGGGAAGUGCAGCCCCUCCUGCUUUAGUUUCUUUUUUUU